UAUGAAAGUAGAAUUUGAAAUGAAGCGGGUCCUCCAAUAGUCAAUCUCAUCCUGCAAAUAACACUUCUAUUUUCCUCUUCAAAUCUUCGAAGACGAAGAAGCAUCAACAAUGAAUCUAAAUCACAGCACUAUCCGCAGCAAAAUGCCGAAGGAAACAACAACAACACCAUCAACAACUACUUCUACUCGAAACACGAAUCGAAGAACCACUCAAAUGGAAGCAAACGAGAACGAAUUUGAAUCUCAAAACCCGAUCAAUUUUCCACCACCACGAACUCCUUUAAAUUCCAUACCCGAUCCUUCUCAGUGCUACGAGCACGAAUCUCAUCGUCACGCUCGUUCUACUUCCGAUAGGUCUGCGAGUGGAGUUUUGGUUCGGAUCGGAAAACUGCAUUCCGAACCUAGCUCAGCGCAGAGUACACCGGCGAGAAAUUCUUCGAGAGUUUCGCUUGGUGGAGGAAACAGUAGAGUAAGCUUAGGAAAAGGAAUGUUGAAAGGAAGUGAAAUCGCAACGGAGGUUCAGCAUUUUGAACUCGAACAUGAUCCUUCGUUUUGGACGGAUCAUAAUGUGCAGGUGCUGAUAAGGAUUCGACCGUUGAGUACUAUGGAGAAGUUUUCACAAGGAAGUGGAAGGUGCUUGAAACAGGAGAGUGCACAGACUUUGGUCUGGCUAGGUCAUCCUGAAACAAGAUUAACAUUCGAUCAUAUAGCGUGCGAAACGCUAUCACAGGAAAAUCUGUUCAGAGUUGCAGGAGUGCCCAUGGUGGAGAAUUGCUUGUCUGGUUACAACAGUUGUAUGUUUGCUUAUGGUCAGACGGGCAGUGGAAAAACAUAUACCAUGAUGGGUGAGAUAAAAGAAACACAAGGACGCCUUGCUGAAGAUAGUGGGAUAACACCAAGAGUUUUUGACUAUUUAUUUAUGAGGAUUAAAGCGGAAGAAGAGAACAGGAAGGAUUGUAGAUUAAAAUACAUUUGUAAAUGUUCCUUUUUGGAAAUAUACAACGAACAAAUAACUGAUCUUCUAGAACCUUCAUCAACAAAUCUCCAACUCAGAGAAGAUAUGAAGAAGGGGGUAUAUGUUGACAACCUUACUGAACACGAUGUGGUCACAGUCGAUGACGUUCUGAAGCUUUUGUUACAGGGCACUGCAAAUAGAAAGGUGGCUGCAACUCAUAUGAAUGGUGAGAGCAGUCGAUCUCACAGUGUUUUCACUUGUAAUAUUGAAAGCCAAUGGGAGAAAGAUUCUAUGACUCACAUUAGGUUUGCAAGGUUAAAUUUGGUAGAUCUGGCUGGCUCUGAAAGGCAGAAAAGCUCUGGAGCCGACAGUGAACGUCUGAAAGAAGCUGCAAAUAUAAAUAAAUCAUUGUCAACUCUUGGCUUGGUCAUAAUGACAUUGGUCGACUUAGCCCAUGGCAAGCCUAGACAUGUUCCCUACAGAGAUUCAAGGCUUACAUUUCUUCUCCAGGAUUCUCUAGGUGGGAACUCAAAAACAAUGAUCAUUGCAAAUGUCAGCCCAUCCAUUUGCUCUGCUAACGAAACACUAAGCACUCUGAAAUUUGCCCAGCGAGCCAAGCUCAUUCAAAACAAUGCAAAAGUGAAUGAAGAUGCUUCUGGUGACAUAAGUGCACUGCAGUGGCAAAUCCAACAGCUGAAGGGUCAACUAUCCUUUCUGACAAAGAAUAAAGUUUUUCCACCACUGGUAUCAAAUUUGGAGCCAAAUUCUGAUAGUUGUAGGUUGAGUGAAGCAUCAGAAGAACACGAUUCUAUGGGAGAAAGAACGACGGCAGAUGGCAAGCUGCAUACUCCAAACAAAGAGAUUAAACGCAUGAAAGCUGCUUUGGUUGGAGCCUUGAGGAGAGAAAAAAUGGCCGAGACUACAAUCCAGAAUUUAAACAUUGAAAUUGAUCGCAUGAAAUGCUUGGCUCAACAAAAGGAAGAAGACGCUCAACAUACUUCAAUUAUGCUGAGCCACUGCGAGGAGAAAAUUAAACAACUUGAAUUGUUGGUAGAUGGUCAACUGUCAGCUGAGAAGCAUCUCAUGGAGGAAAAUAAGGCUUUAAGAGAGGAGUUUCGGUUUCAUAAAGCGAAGAUUGAUAAAAAUUCAGAGUCAUCCAGAUUUGCAUUGGAGAAUGAUAGACUUUCACAACAACUACAAAUAUUCCAAAACUUCUAUGAGCAUGGAGAACGGGAAAAAUUGCUGACUGAACUUUCUGAAUUGCGUGAUCAGCUCCUGGUCCAUCUCCAAGAAAAAUGUACUUUCUCCAUGAAAAAUGAAAAUGAGGUCAACUUCUUUUUUUUUACUUGUUGUGUAAUAUUAGUUUUGCUUACCAAGAUUUCCUAUUUUCACUUGUUAUAUGCUCUUUGGAUUUUUCAGGACAUUGAUGCCACACAGGAGUUAGAAGUUUGCCAGAAUAUGAAUUCUAAAUUGCUUAGAGAAGCAGGUAAAUUACAGACAGAACUUGGAAAGUAUUUGAACUACAAUAAAGUGAAAUCUAAUUCUGUUGAGACAAUAUCUGUGGGAAGUAAUUCUGGAGAUGAGAUGCCAUCCUCUACAUGGGAAUAUAAAAACAACAAAGAGUUAGAAGUCAAAUUGGAGAGAAUGAGCAAUGAUCUGAAAGAAGUGAGGUUACUUAAUGACCAACAUCAAGAGAAAUUGGCAUUACAGUUAUCUCAAAAACAACAGAUGGAAAGAGUCUGUCAAGAGGUUGAGACGGAGACAACUAGCACAAUUCUUCAUUUGCAGGAAGAGGUUGCCAGUCUUCAAUCAGAGUUUGAAGGGAGGCUAUGCUCCAUUGAUCAAGAAAAUGCAGAGCUAAGAAAUGUGGUUGCAGCAAAGGAAGAGGAAAUAAAGUCACUUUGUUUGGACUGGGAAAAGGCAGUCUUGGAACUGACAACCUUCCUUCUUGAAGGCUCCAGAUCCCUCAAAGAUGCUUGUGGCCAAGUUCAAAACAUCUCUUCUUCAUUUCCAAAGGUCAAUACUUGGAUUAGUGAACAUGUUGGCAUGGCUGUCAAAAAGUAUAUUGAGAAGGAGGAAAUAAUUCAUCAACUGCAAAGUAACUUGGAGGAUGCACGGAAGAUGAUAAUGGAAAUGGAGCUGAAAAUAUGUUCCUUAAAGGAAGCAACUCUAACCUUAAGUGCAUUUGAACAUUUAGACAAUGAAAAUGGUAUUGAAGAGGCAAUUCAAUUAAGAGUUAUGCUAAAUGAGAAGACCAAUAUGAUAAGGACUCUAGAAAGUGAAAUAAAAUAUAAAAACGAUCAACUUUGUAGAGCAACUAAACAAGUUGAUGCUGCAUUCCUUGUAGCAAAAUGGCUUUCUGAUAGGUUCUAUGCAGCUCACAUGAAUAAUGAGGCUGAAGACUUUUCCAUCCCUAAUCUAGAUAUGCAAGGCAGAUUAGGAAGUUGUACUACUUCUGAGAAUCUUGAUGUUGGAUAUAAUGUGGUUCUAAAUCAUCUUAUGGGUCAAGUUGAGUUAACAAAACUAGAAGUGUUGGAGAUGGAGAAUACUAUAAAAACCAGUUUUGUAGAUAUGGAAAUGCAGACGGCAGGUUUCCAAACUGAUGUCCUGAGUCUUUUUUCUGCUUAUAAGGAUUUAAUUCAAGAUACAGUUAAAGAAACAAAGGAUAUGAGGGGAGAAAUAAGGGAUUUAAAGAUGCAUCGGAUAAGUUUUGGUGGACAUACAGUUGACUCCUUGAUAUCUAAUACAAACAACUGUCAAGUGCUUGCAAAUCAGCAAUACACCCUGAAUCAGAUAAAAGAACAGCUUGUUGCAAUGAAUAGCAGAUUGAAUAUCAUAGAGAAUUGUAUUAGCAAUGAUGUAGAUGUGUCCGGGUUUAAAUUGGCAGAUGAAGAUUUCAUAGAUGCUGAUGAAUUGAGCACUGAUAGUUCUUCACUCUCCGCUUUUUCAACUGAAACUGAGAGUGUUGCUUCUGGAAGCAAGUUACAAGGAUUCACAAGUAAUAAUGACUUUAAGUUAACUGGAGAAAUAACUGAAGAAAAGGUGCCCCUAAAUUCUGAAAGAGGCAUAAUAAUUCAAUCAGAUGAUGCAUGCAGUUUAUCACAUACAGCAGAGUUCAUGAGAAGGCCACUCUAUAACGAAACAGAAAGGUCCUGUCUGAGGAGAGAAUUAAAUGCCACAUAUGUUGAUUUCCAAAGACUCUAUUAUAGUUUGUCCGCACUCCUGAAACAUAUGGAUGAUGGAUCCUCUUCUUACCCGAAAGAUCUGGAAAAGGUGGCUCCAUCUUCAUGGGCGAGGGUGCAGAAAGAUGAAUCUGGCUAUGAGAGCGACACAGAGGUGUUUGAUUAUAGUGAUGUUAAACCUGAUGAGCGCUUCUUAAACAAAUUUAUGGAAGCUCAUGCAGCUGUGAAGGAAGCAGAUCUUACACUACAUGCUUUGACACAGGCAUUUGAAGAUUCGAAACAGUUAACUUCCAUGUGGAAGCAGGCUUGUGAAAACUUGACGAUCAAUAGGGCAAGCCUGGUAGAAGAGAUUCAAAAACUCAAAUUUUCAACAAACCAAACAGAGGAAGAGAAUCAAUUACUGAAGGAGCACCUAAAUUUCAGCUUGAUAGAGAUGACAAAUUCAAUUUCCACGCUAGAAGAGUGUUUUUUGCAAAUGCAAACUGAUGUGGAGAAGAAAUUCAUGGUAAUAUAUUCUGACGUUCUUCUGAUGGGGCAGGAGAUACUAUGCUUUAUGAACAGCCUAAGAUCAUCAGUAGAAGAUAUUUGCUCUAAGAUUGUGGAUGGAGGUUUUGUAUCUUUUGCUUCGUACAGUUGCUGUUUAACAGAGCUUGUCAGUAAAUUUAUUGGCUUUAGUGUAAACCAUGAGUUGCGAUCAGCCAGACAAGGGGAGUCACAUAAGUUGCCAAAAACUGCAGAAUCUGUCCCUACUACAUUUAAUGAGGAUAUAGGGAAAAUAGAUCACCAUAUGUUAGUCCAAAAUGUGCAGGAGGAACCGGACUCACCCGAUGUUAAAGUAUUAAGUGAAAAUAUGACUCUAAAAAAGGACUUAGAGAGGAAGCAAGAGUUACUAGAGGGCUUACUUUUUGACUUUAGGUUGUUGCAGGAAUCGGCUUCUAACAGUAAGGAAAUUAAGGACCAGACUGAGCAGUUAAUAAUUUCUCUAAGCCAAGCUCGGUAUGAGCUAGAGAUUAAAUCAAGUCAGCUUGAUAAUAUACUGAUUCAAAACAGAAAACUUGAAGCUUCUCUUGCUGACACUGAAAAGGUCUUAACUAGAUCAAAUUAUGACCUUGAGCUUGCUAAAGAAUCAAUUGAGAAAUUUGCUGAUCAAAAUGAGGAGUUAAGGAAUCUCUUAAAAGAAUUAUAUGCUAACAAAACUGAAACUGAAGGGCAAUUGGAUGAGCAUAAAGAGGUGAUCAAAGGCUUGGAAAAAGAAAUUGCUAACUUGUCAGCUUCGCUGGAAAACCAAUCACUUUCCUUGUUUCAAAGCAUCGAGGAUGAACUAAAUCAGGUGAUGAUGGAGAGAGAUCAACUUCAUCAAGAAGUCUGUGUCUUGAAUGACAAGCUUGAGAUGGCUUAUUCCUUGGUGGAUGAAAAGGAAGCUAUUGCCAUAGAAGCUCGUCAGGAGUCGGAGUCUAGUAAGCUCUUUGCCGAACAAAAAGAAGAGGAAGUCAAGAUUUUGGAACAUUCUGUUGAGGAACUUGAGUCUACCAUAAAUGUUUUGGAGAAAAAGGUGAAUGAAAUGAAUGAGGAGGUAGAAAGACACCGUUCAAUUAGUGAUUCACUAAAAGAGGAACUCCAAGCUUUUAAAGAGAGAUUAUUGUUAGUUGAGAAUUUACACCAAAACUCAGAUUCAGAAAGCAUGAGUGUUCAAAAUGGAGAGAAGAUGUCUAGGCAACUACCCAGUAAAGUACUGGAACAUAAUGAUGCAUUGAUUCAAAUAAAGCUUCUUGAAAAGGAAAAUGCGGAGAAAGAUUGGGAGAUUAAGAAAUGCAAAGAGUACAUCUCUGAAAUUGUAUUGCAUGCUGAGGCCCAAACAUUGCAGUACCAACAGAAGUACAAGGGCUUGGAGUCAAUGUUCCGUGAAGUGAAAACAGAUAUGCCAUAUUCAACAUCCAUGGUACCAACAUCAGAGAAAAUUGAGAAAACCUCAACAAGGACUAGAGGUUCUAGCUCACCAUUCAGAUGCAUUUCAAAUCUUGUUCAGCAGAUGAAUCAGGAGAAAGACCAAGAACUAUCAGUGGCAAGGCUCCGUGUGGAAGAACUAGAGGCACUUGCAGCUAGCCGACAAAAGGAGGUUUGCAUGCUACAAACAAGGCUGGCUGCUACUGAAAGCAUGACUCAUGAUGUCAUUCGGGACCUUCUUGGUGUAAAAUUGGACAUUACCAAUUAUGCAAAUUUGAUAGAUCAAAACCAAAUCGUGAAAUUAGUGGAGGAAGCUCAUCAACAAAGAGAAGAGUUCUCUGCAAAGGAAAAAGAGAAUUUAAACCUUAGACGAUAUAUUAAUGGUCUCAUUGAAGAAAGAGAGAGCUGCAUAUCGGACCUAAAAACUAAAGAGUCAGAUAUGCUUGCCUCUCAAAUAGCAGUGCAACAACUCCGAGAGCGAGAUCAGCUUCUUUCUGCACAAAAUGAAAUGUUGAAAAGGGACAAGACCAAUCUCCUGAGGAAAAUUGCAGAAUUAGACGACACUGUUAAAACACUAGUUAGUACAGGAAAUUCUCAACAUGUUCCACAAUCCUCAAAGACUAAGGAUAAAGGAGCUCAAAAUCUGGGCAACGUCAGAUUUACCAACAGGUUGUCACAAUCUGAAAGACUUCUUGCUCGUGUUAACGAAGAGCUUACUCAGUACCGCAAAUCUUCCGGUGAUAAUUUGCACAACUAAACAACCACAGUUCUUGGAGCCUGAUCCAACAUGUUUUAAUGUAAACUGUACAGAUUCUGUCCAUCUGUAUAAAUGAUAUCUCAUUGUAUGACCCUUGACAAGUUGAAAAAGAUGUAAAAAAUAUUGUCACUCAUCAUAUAGAAUCUAGUGUGGUGUUUUUGGGUAGAAUUGCCCACUCUA